CGGAAGUGUUCAUGUGUUGUCAACGAGAAGCCGCAUGUGUUUUUAGUCCAUGGAUGUAUCUGUGGGAUGCUUAAAAACAACGACUGCCUCUGUCCUGAAACUUGUCUGUCAGAAAGAUGACUGCCCAAGAAGUGCGUCUGUGUGGUCUCCUGCUGCGGGAGCACUUUGGAGAUGUGGUGGAGAGAGUGGGAACACACCUGCUCAGAAGUGGAGCGCAGAAUUUGAGAGUCAUAAUUCACGAGACUGGCAUCUCACUGGACCUGGUAAAGAAGUCCCUGUGUGUCCUGGUGCAGCAUGGGGCCUGUGUGUUCAGCUCAGGCCGUAAAGGACCUGGGAGCCCCGCAGAGUAUCAGACUGGCUGUGAACAGAUUUUAAGAAUUCUGCGGUACCCACGCUACAUCUACACCGCCAAAACUCUGUACGGGGACACCGGAGAGCUAAUCAUAGAGGAGUUACUACAGAGAGGUCACAUGACCAUGAGUGGCACGGUCAAGACAGUCGCCGACCGUCUCACACAGAACAUGGAGGAGGGGCGCAGCAUGGAUUACGGUGAAGUAACUUCUGCCUUCUCCAAAUUGGUGGAGACCCAUUUUCUUCAGCGCUGCCCUCCUGUGGCGGGAGCAGGAACAACAGAAAGGGCCACUCCAGCUACCCCCGCCACCCCUGGCACUCCUGCUGCCCCAGUUAGCACCGCUCCGCGCUCGGCAGAGAGCUUCCCCGACUGUUACAAUGUGCCUCACGUGACGCUGGUGGGGCGAGGCAAACGCAGGCUCUCCAGUGAAGAUGGUGAGGACCAAAGGAAUGCGAAAAAGGCUAAAUUAGAUCCAGAGACUCAGUCACAUGGUGAUGAGGGGAUUUUCUGGCAGGUGAAUUUUCAGAGGUUCCAUCUCCACUUCAGAGACCAAGCCAUCAUCACUGCUGUAGCCAACAAGCUGGACCAGACUAGCAGUGAGAUAGUGAGGACUAUGCUGAGGAUGAGUGAGGUGACGACCUCGCCCGCAGCCACCUGCACAAAGCCUCUCUCAGCCAACGAGAUCUUCAGGUCCCUACCGACCAACUACAACAUCGCCAGACCCAUCUUAGACCAGUACCUCACACUGCUGGUUGAUGACCCGAUGGAGUUCGUGGGGAAGUCUGGUGAAAGUGGAGGAGGGAUGUAUGUUGUCAAUUUGCACAGAGCGCUGGCCAAUCUGGCCCGGGCCACACUUGAGUCCGUAGUACAGGAGAGAUUUGGAUCCCGAUCGGCGCGCAUCUUCCGUCUGUUGCUAAGGAAACGUCACCUGGAGCAGAAGCAGGUGGAGGAUUUUGCCAUGAUUCCAGCCAAAGAGGCGAAAGACAUGCUCUACACGCUGCUGUCAGAGAACCUGGUGCAGCUGCAGGAAAUCCCAAAGACUCCUGACUACGCUCCCUCUCGUACUUUCUAUCUUUACACCGUCAACCAACUCCCAACUGCAAGAAUGCUGCUCCAGAACUGCUACAAGACGAUAGCCAACCUCAUAGAGCGACGGCUGUUUGAGUCCAAAGAGAGCAAGCGUCUGUUGGAGAAAUCCCAGAGAAUUGAAGCCAUUCUGGCAUCUCUGCAGGCCAGCGGGGCCGAGCCUGAGCAGCUGACGGAGGUCGAGGAGAUGAUCACUGCUCCUGAAAAGCAACAGCUGGAGGCCUUACGGCUUCACAUCAACAAGUUAGAUUCAGCCGAGAACCAGGUAGAUGAAACCAUCUUUCUUCUAGAAUCCUACAUCGACUCCACCGCAUCCACAAGCUGAGAACAUGCAUACAAGUACAACCGUUAACUUUUUGUUUAUGAAUGCUAUCAAAUGUGGCUGUUUUACAGUUUAUAUAAGACUGGAUUGUUUCCGUUUGGACUGGAGAAAAAAAAUUGAAUAGAUUAUUUGGCUUGUUUUUAUAGCACACAUCAGCAAAUAAAUAAACUGAGCACAAGAAUACUUCUUUUCAACAGUUUUAAUUUCAUUUAAGAACCAACACAAAACUGUAAGACAAACAUGAGACAGAGUGAUCGUUUGAAAUGUAAAACCAUGAAGAUGUCUGUAUAUUAAAUAGAAGAAUUGUGGUUUAAUACA